AUGUCCAUCUACGGGGAGAAAUUUGAUGAUGAGAAUUUCAUCCUGAAACAUAUGAGCCCUGGCAUCUCGUCCAUGGCAAAUGCUGGACCCAGUACAAAUGGUUCCCAGUUUUCCAUCCGUACUGCCAAGUCUGAGUGGUCGGAUGGCAAGCAUGUGGUCUUUUGGCCAAGAAAGCGGACAAAUGAGGCGACAGCAGCUAAGCGGUUGCGGCUGGACAGUGGACCCCAGAGCCUGUCUGGGAAGUCGACCCCUCAGCCCCAAUCUGGGAAGUCAACCCCCAGCAGUGGUGACGUGCAGGUGACUGAGGACGCUGUGCGCCGCUACCUGACACGGAAGCCCAUGACCACGAAAGACCUGCUGAAAAAGUUCCAGACCAAGAAGACAGGGCUGAGCAGAGAGCAGACAGUGAACGUGCUUGCCCAGAUCCUCAAACACCUAAACCCUGAGCGCAAGAUGAUCAACGACAAGAUGCACUUCUCCCUCAAGGAGUGAGGGGCUGGCCCCCACCCUUUUGCCCAAUAAAUAAGCUCAUCUCC